ACCAAUAUCUUGCCCACGACUAAAGCUUCUGAUGUUAAAACUCCGUUCCAAAGAGGGUUUCAAAUUACAGGAUGGUUUUUGUGAUGGAACGAGUAAACUCAGUGUCGUAAGCCUGAGUGGAUCUGGUCGAAACUCCCUUCUGCCCUUUCCAUCAUCCAUUCAGAGGUUGUCAAAUCUGAAGACGUUGUGUCUGAGUAAUCUAAGGUUGGAUGACGUGUCUAUUAUUCGGGAACUAGUCUUUUUAGAAAUUCUCAGCAUCAAGGAUUCUUACUUAAAGGAGUUUCCAGUGGAGAUAGGAAACUUAACCAAUCUAACUAUUCUAGAGUUAACCAAUCUAAGUAUGGUAGAGUUAACCAAGCGAGCUAUGCCAAUGUUAUGGAAUGGAGGAAAAGAACGUAUGAGAAUUUCACCAGGGGUGUUAUCAAGACUAGUUCGAUUGGAGGAACUACAUGUGGUGGGAGUAAAACAGUGUAGUUACUCCACCUUGAGGGAGCUGGAAUCCUUAUCGAAAUUGACUGCACUGACAAUAAAUGAUUGUUCUGAAGAUGUGAUUUACAGUAACUUGGGCCUUUCCUCCAAGUUGACUCGGUACGCUCUUACAGUGGGUGGAUGGAACAUAGAGGAUUCAAUCAUGAACACUUACAACAAGAUUAUCUCUCUAGAGGUCACCAAGAGCACCCCAUUGGCUGAUUGGAUCCGCCACCUGUUGAGGAAUAGCGAAUUUGUAGAUUCAAAUGGAAAGGGCUCCAAGAAUGUAGUGGUCGAGUUGCAGAAUGUAAAAGAUCUCACGGUGGGUUUUUGUGAUUCAUUGAAUAUCCACUGUCAGAAUAACAUUCCAUUCCCCAAACUCGAAAGUCUGAAGCUAAUCCAUUGUGAUCAUCUACCUCAUCUUUUUCGUGCUUCCUUGGCUUGCCCUGAUGACGAAGAAGAGGGGAUCUCUCGAAGGACACAUAUCAGAGGUGACGUAAUCAAGUUCCCCAAAUUAUAUCGCUUGGAACUGGGAUAUCUGCUACGCCUCACACACUUUUUCAGUGACACUGUUGAGGGCAUUGAGUUCUCUCUGUUACGGGAAAUGCAUUUCUGGAGUAUACCGACGUUCCAAAAUUUCUGGCCAACAGCCGACAAUGCUAUCACCGACUCAAAUCCUCUUUUUAAUGAAAAGGUUU